GCCCCCUCCUUGCCACCUGCAUGGUGGCCCCAACACCUCGCCUGCCUCAGCCUCUCCCUCCUCCCCAGGAAGGAUGCAGAUCCGGGCCUUCCUCCUCCUCCUGGCGCUGGUCCUGCUGGCUGCCACCGCCGAGGCUGGCAAGAACAAGAAAGAGAAGGCCAAGAAGGAUGGCUCUGAGUGCGAGGACUGGCGCUGGGGACCCUGCGUCCCCAACAGCAAGGACUGCGGCCUGGGGUACCGCGAGGGAACUUGCAAAGACGAGAGUAAGAAGCUCAAGUGCAAGAUCCCCUGCAACUGGAAGAAGAAGUUUGGAGCCGACUGCAAGUACAAAUUUGAGAGCUGGGGGGGGUGUAGCCCUCAGACGGGUGUGAAGACUCGCUCCGGCAUCCUGAAGAAAGCCCUGUACAAUGCCCAGUGUGAGGAGAUCGUCUAUGUGACCAAGCCCUGCUCUUCCAAGAUCAAGUCGAAGUCCAAAGCAAAGAAGGGCAAAGGGAAGGACUAGAGUGGGAAGCCAACGUCCACGUCGGCCCCUUGACAUGGCGCCCACAGGGCUGGAAGCCCAGCUGCAGCCAGCCUGCACUCCAGUCUUCCUCCUCCUCUCCUUCUUCCUUUCCAUGACCUCUUCUUUCACUGAGAUGCCUUGUUUUAAUUGCUAGUGUUGUAGAGAGCUAACCCACCCACCCCUCAGGAGGGGCUGCUGCCCAUCCCGCCAUCUCUGCUGGUGGAUCCUACUCAUGGCUGAUGUUGGGGUUCACUGAGAUGCGCCUGGAGAGGUAGGAUGGGAACACACAUAUUUCCACCCUCCAGCACAAACGAGUUGCCUUUGGCACAUCCUUUGGUGAGCCUGGGAGCCUCCCUGCACCUCCACCUGGAGGGGAGGGCUGGGUGUUGAAUGCCCCUUACUCAGGUGAGGACUGCUCUCAGCUCAGGGGGCUUCCUCCAGCAUCCAGGAGUAUCCUGCAGCAGCUGGGGAAAAACAAAGCCACCAGCCCCAGGAACCACGGCGUCCCCUCUCCUCCAUCAUUUCUAGCCGUGUGUCCUUGCUGAAGCCCCUCUGCCUUCAGCCCACCAACGCUGGUGGUGGGUGGGAGCUCUCACUUCUUUUGGAAAAUGGGGUUUGUUUUCUUUUCCAAUAAAAAUCUUUGUAAAAAAAACAAA